UAUGUUUGGUUUCCGGUAAAAGCUACCCUAAUGAGGAAAUAAAAACAGCGCAACGAAGAAGACGAAGAGAGCGUGAAAAAAGAUCAGAAACCAGAAAAAUGCUUCCAUUAAAGCUUGCUCGAUCUCUUCUCCUCCACGAGACUCUCAAUCUCACUCAUAAUUCCGGUGAUACAAACGACGGUAAAGAAGAAGAAGAAGAAGAAGGAGAAACCAGCAUCCGGCAAAUCCUAAGCUCCUACAAGCAAUCAAAAACCCGAUCGAGAUCCGAGAAGAAGAACACGAGAAAUUCGAAAACCCCGUUGCUCUACUUCGUUCCAACACGGGAAUUGAUCUCAGACACUUACCGAUUAGCCACAGUAGCAAGAGAUCUAGGUAUGGAUUUGUACCCAACACCAUCUCUCUCUCACAUCAUCUUCUCAUUCCCGCCGCGUGAAUCGAAAUCACCGUCGCCGUCUCCUUUCUCUUCUUCUUCGCAACCUUCGACGUGGUCCUCUUCGGCGUCGCUGUCGUCGACUCUCUCGUGGUCACUUCCCAACGACGCGGUAAUGCUCUCAUUCCCAUCUCUCUCCGCCUCAUCACUCUCUCACCUCCGAUCUUUCGUCUCCCUCUCCAACGGUCUCUUCAAACUCGUCUUCUCCGCCGCUUCCGCCGUGGAAACAUCUUCUUCCUCUGCCUCGACAUCCGGAUCCGUUAGCAAUUGGGACUGCUGCUCCGUUUCUCUCUUCUCGAGAAUCGCCAACAAACGAAUCGGAUCGAUGGAGAGCUUCUCGAACGCAUUGGCUUCAAACGGAUGGUCGAUUUACAAGACGAAAGAGAAUCAUCAUCCGUCGCCGGAGGAAUCUACUAGUAGCAGCAAUACCGGCGGGGGAGCGGUGUAUCUGUUUAGGAAAGUGUAUACGGGUCGGAUCAUGAACCGAGAAGGAAACGGGUCGUGUAGAGUAAGAGAGCUGAGACUUCCUCAAUUGGAUUUCAGGAACGCUCCUCUACGGAUUCUACAGUAUUUGAUGUUGAUGACUGAUGAUAUCUUCUUCCUUGCGUAAAUUUUGGUAUUUUUUUUGUUUCUUCAAUGUAAUCUGAUCUGUUUUAGGCAUAUGUAUCUAAAAUACAAAUUUUAAAGAUUUGACAACAACAUUGAAAUAGACUAUAAUUGGAAGUUCAUAAUGGUAGAUUUAUAGUCUAAGCAAGUCCAUAUGUGAAUUGAAUGACUGACUUGUAACAAAAUUACACAACAAUAAAGUUUUGACUCUUCUAGUA